UUGUCACGUGACAACAUCCUUCACCGAUUGACAGUGGAAAUUAACACAACUGUUGGUAUAUAUAUAUAUAUAUAUAAAACAAGUAUGACUGAACCGGUAGAACCAAGACAACUGUAUCCAGAAAUAGAACCGUAUGAUAGUGGAAUUUUAGCAGUGUCAGAUCUACAUAAAUUAUAUUACGAACAAUCAGGAAACCGAACAGGAAAUCCUGUAAUUUUCAUUCAUGGUGGGCCUGGUGGAGGAACUAGUCCGAAUGACAGAAGAUUGUUUGACCCUGAAAUUUAUAGAAUCAUUCUCUUGGAUCAGCGAGGUUCAGGACAAUCAACACCAGCAGCUGAACUAACAGAUAAUACAACUUGGCAUCUAGUUGAAGAUAUCGAGAAAUUAAGAAAACAUCUUGGUAUAGAGAAAUGGGUGGUAUUUGGAGGUAGCUGGGGUUCAACUCUGUCAUUAGCUUAUGCUGAAACUCAUCCAGAUAGAGUCAAAGCUCUUAUUUUACGUGGAAUUUUUACAUUAUCAAGACGAGAAUUAGAUUGGCUUUAUGAAGAUGGUGGAGCUUGUAUGAUAUAUCCUGAUGAAUGGGAAAAAUAUAUUGAAGUUAUACCAGAGGAGGAAAGAUAUAAUAUCAGCAGUGCAUAUUAUCGAAGAUUAACGAGUGAGGAUGAGAACGUCAGAUUAAAGGCAGCUAGAGCAUGGUGUAGAUGGGAAUUAGCCACAUCUCAUUUAUUUAUGAAUCAAGAUUUAAUGGCAAGAUCCGAACUUGAUGUUUGGCCAUUACAGUUUGCUCGUAUUGAAUGUCAUUAUUUUAUACAUGGUGGAUUUAUGAAAGAUGGUCAUUUAUUAGCAAAUGUUGAUAAGAUACGUCAUAUACCUGGUACUAUUAUACAAGGCAGAUAUGAUAUAGUUUGUCCAGCAGAAACAGCAUGGAAACUACACAGGCAAUGGCCAGAAGCAGAAUUUUAUUUUGUACAAGAUGCUGGUCACUCAGCUAGAGAAGUAGGAAUCCAAACCAGAUUAUUAGAUGCUACUGAUAAAUAUAAAAACUUAUAAUGUGGUGGUAUUUGAAACUUGAUUAUGCUAACUAAACUGUUCUAGCAGAAAUACAUAAUAAGUUAAUCAGAUAUAUGUCAAAUCUUCACUUCCUUAAGUGCCAUUCACGGACACAUGUCCUUUCUACAAAUUAUAAUGAUUAAGAAAAUUGAUUUUUUGCACAUUUUAAGAGUCUCUUAACACAUGCUUAUCUAGUAUAUGCGCACCUCAUAUAAUGCAAGUGCCCCUUAAUUCGUCUUCCAUAUAGUACAAUAUACAUCAAAUAUCUUAUAAUAAUUUUUUUUAAAAUUACCAUUAUUAUUAUACAUAUACACCUGGUAGUAUAGUGUAAUAGUGAUCAAAUAUAUGUUCUGUUUUUAUUUCUAAUCAACAAAAUUUACACUGAUUUUGAAUAUAUAUUUUAACCACCUAUUAAGUAAAAUUGAAAUAUUAUCAUACGUAUUAUAGUCGAGUGUAAUGGUGGUCAAAUGUGUUCGUUUUUUUAUAUCUUUUCAUUAACAUCGAUUUUUGAUGUAUAUUUCAUCUUAUCUAUAGUUUAUGAUCUAAGGCUUGAAACUUAUUAUUAUGGAGAGGCGAUGAUAAGAACCUUUUUUUUUCUUUCUUCGAAUUUGGGUUAAGGUCUAGUUUUACAAUUCUCUGCACAGCUGACAAUAUGCAUGUAGGAAUUUGGUAAAAUGUAUUUAUUUGCAAAUGGAUAAAUUUUGUUAAAUUUGUUGAUUGUUAUGUAGUUAUGGCCUAAGACUAGGAAACGCUUACCCGGUUCUCAUGAUGGUUGUAGUUCCUCUAUUUACAGCAAUUCUCUGCAACUAUUGAUAAUUGUAAAUGGCAGACUGGGAAACUGGUCUGAUAGAUGAAAUGCAUAAAAAAUGGUGGAAAUAAAAAUUGUUUUAUUCAAUAAUAA